AUGUCGUUUGUUACAGGAACCACCACAGCCGCAAGGACAUUGCUCCGCACCUCGUCCACAAUUGCUGCUGCUCAGAUUCACACUGGACCCUCGGCAGCCGUUACUUCCGCAUGCACCGCCGUCUCGAUCCGGAGAAUCGCUCUUACUACAACACCAGGCGUUCGGAGGUCAACGGUAGCAGCAGCAGCACAAGUAUCAGGAUCCAGACACACCUUUUCCACCAGCGCGCGUCACUUCCAGGACCAACCCAACAACAAAUCCGAGGCUGACAAUUCCGGCGCAGGAGAACUGGCGACAAGGGAGUUACCACUGUCGCCGUAUGGUGGCCGAUUCGGAGUGCCGGAACAACCCAUGAGCACUAAAUCGAUUGCGCAGGCCCAGGCCAACAAUGGUCGUCGGUCGCCGUUUUCGAAGGCUAAGGAAGGGGUUAAGAAUAAGGUUCAUGAUUGGACGGAUGAGAAGAAGAACCUGGAGAAGCGCAAGGAGCUGUUGCAUGAUUUCCAGUCGGGAUACUUUGCGGAAUUCAGCGAGUUGUCAAAGACGGGAUCUAAACUCUGGAAGGCGACCUCCAACAUGAUCAACGCCGAUAAAGCGCUCUAUAUGCCUAAUAUCAUUGGAACAUCGCUAAAGACUUCAGAACCCGUGGAAUUGGUGGACUUGUUGAGGGGGAAGAUCAGUUUGAUGGCGAUUUCGGGAACCCGGUUCGGAGAGGAGCAUACAGAGUCGUAUAUGACCCCGUUCUUGAAGCGGUGGCCCAUGACUGUAGCUAACAACAGUAAAGUCCAGUUGGUCGAGCUUAAUAUUCAGGAGAAUCCGUUGAAGGCAGGAUUGGUCAGGAUGAUGGUUCCCUUUGUGAAAAAAACCAUCCCAGAGGAGCGUCAUGAAAACUACAUGCUGCAUUACAAGUCGAUCAAGCAUUUGAAGGACCCAUUGAGCAUGCAGAACUCGUACCUGGGAUAUGUGUUCCUGGUUGACAGCAACUGUAAAAUCAGGUGGGGCGCACAUGGACCUGCCACCGAGGCAGAAGUCAAGACUUUGCUGGAGAUUGUGCAGAAGCUCUCUGAGCGCGGUGGACGAUAG